GUUCACUCUCUCUGCCGACCGACCAAAGCCCCCAUUGCUUUAGUUCGCUCGCCGGAGACGAUGGCCACGGCGACGAUGCGCGUGUCGUCGUCCCCGUUCAGUGCCCCGCCCCUCCGUUCCCCCUUCCGCCGCGUCGCCCCGUCCAGGCGGGCCGUGUCGGCCGCCGCCGCCGGCGGAGCGCCUCCCACCGUCCUCGUCACCGGCGCCGGCGGACGAACAGGCCAGAUCGUGUACAAGAAGCUCAAGGAGAGGGCGGGCGAGUUCGCGGCCAGAGGGCUGGUCAGGACGCAGGAGAGCAAAGACAAGAUCGGCGGAGGCGAUAACGGCGUGUUCAUCGGCGACAUAAGGGAUCCCGCGAGCUUUGCUGCCGCGGUCGAGGGCAUCGACGCGCUCGUCAUCCUCACCAGCGCGGUGCCCAAGAUGAAGCCCGGGUUUGACCCCAGCAAAGGCGGCCGGCCGGAGUUUUACUUCGAGGAUGGCUCUGAUCCUGAGCAGGUGGAUUGGAUUGGCCAGAAGAAUCAAAUCGAUGCCGCCAAGAGCAUAGGUGUAAAGCAGAUAGUUUUGGUUGGAUCCAUGGGUGGGACAGACCUCAAUCAUCCAUUAAACAAGCUAGGAAAUGGAAAUAUACUGGUGUGGAAACGAAAGGCAGAACAGUACCUAGCGGACUCUGGUCUACCAUAUACAAUUAUAAGGGCUGGAGGACUACAAGACAAAGAUGGUGGUGUGCGAGAGUUGAUUAUUGGGAAGGACGACGAGAUCCUGAAGACAGAAACAAAGACUAUUGCCAGACCAGAUGUUGCCGAAGUUUGCAUACAGGCCUUGCUAUUUGAGGAAGCGAGGUUCAAGGCAUUUGAUCUGGCAUCAAAACCUGAAGGCGAAGGAACACCAACGACAGAUUUUAGGUCCCUUUUUGCACAAAUUGCUACCCGCUUCUAGGAAGACAAGAUAAUUCUGGCCAAGAAACUGGGACAGUUUUUGGUUCGGCGAUAUGAAAUAUUUUAUUGGGUCAGGAGCCCCUUCGUCUUGGACAUGGCAGUGUGGAGAACAGGUAGGAAAUGUAGAACACGGCACACAGACACCUCAUCAGCAGCAUCAGGUCCAUGGAAGAGAGAAAUUAAACUGAGACCAUGACGGCUUGAGAUGUCCAGGGUGUUUGUUGUUAAACUGAGACCAUUGUAUGGAUGCAAGCAUAGUUUUAAAUAGCGCGCUAUAGCAUCGCUAUAGCGGCGCUAUAGUGUUUGGAGAGGGCUCCCACUAAAGCUAUGCAAUUUUAGCGCUAACCUAAGAAAAACGCUAUUAGCUCCGCUAAUCACGCUAUAGCGCUAUAUUUUAGGAUCGUUAGCGCGCUAAACUGCCCCUGUGAUAAUUAUUUUUGGCGCUUCUGGCACAGGCGUGACCUAAAA